CUGCCUCCCAGGGUUCGGUUCGUACAGAAUAGCAAUAGAAUUCUGGAUUUCCACCAUGUCGAACCGAAGAGCUAUGAACUAGUUUACUUGUGGUGUGUCAACAACAACACUAACGACUCGGACUGACAGCAUGAACGGCCCUCAGCAGAAUGACGCAAAGAGACAACACCUGCUAGAGAGGCUGCUGGACGCUGUCAAACAGUGCCAAAUCCGCUUUGGAGGAAGAAAGGAGAUCGCCUCAGAUUUAGACAGCAGGGUGAUCUGUUUGUGUGCCCAGUUUGAGGCAGUCCUCCAGCAUGGCCUGAGGAAGAGUAAAGGACUGGCUCUCACUGCUGCUGCCAUCAAGCAGGCUGCAGGGUUCACCAGCAAGACUGAAGCAGAGCUGACGUUCUGGCUCUAUGUGAAGGAGCAUUUGAACCGCCAUGAGCUGCAGCGGUUCUACUCCCUGAGACACAUCUCCUCUGAGCUGGGCCGUGGCCGCGCCUGGCUCCGCUGUGCCCUCAACGAACACUCACUAGAACGCUACCUACACAUGCUGCUCACAGACGGCAUACGCCUCGGUACUUUCUAUGAAGACUGGGCGUUUAUUCUGGAUGAGGAGCGAGCCAGCAUGCUGCCCACCAUGGCUGCAGGACUAAACUCCAUCCUGUUUGCCAUCAACAUCGACAACACAGACCUGAACGGUGUGCCUCGUGCGGGCGGCUCCUCCUCCUCCGUGAGCCACCUCCUGAAGGAGUCCACCCAGGGCAUAGGGAGCCUAUGGAAGGAGUCCACCCAGGGGGUGAGCACUCUGCUCAGGGAGAUCAGCACCGUCACCGCUGUGGUGCCAGGCUUCACCCCUACCCACUGCCCCGACGGAUCAUCAGACCCACUGCCUGUCCUGCCACGCAGCGCCUCCGCAGACUCUGGCCUGAGGAAGGAGCGACGGAGGAAAAAGAAAAUCACCAACAUCAUCUCCUUCGACGACCUGGAUGGGGGAGCGGAGGAUGAGGAAGAGGUUUGGGGGGGGACUGUCACCCUCAGGAAGAGCACCACUGCUCCUCAGGUCAGUCUGGAGGAGGGUAUUUACCCACUGGAGUCCUCCUUCUCCCUCUCGCCUCUCCAGAACGGGCUGCCCGAUCCUGGGAUAGUCAGCUGGGCUGGGUCUCCUCCUUUCUCCAGAGCUCUGCCUGACACCAAGAUUAUUGAUAAUGAUGAUGAGGAGGAAGAGGUAUACAAGAGUAGGCCACAGCCACAGAGCCCCUUUCAUAACACGGCCAACGCUGACCAAGUGUCAACGUGGGGCGCCCUGCAGGCCAUAACUGAUAAUGACAGUUCAGACAUCCUCAUUCCUGUGUCCUCCAGCCACUCCUACGCUCAGCCAGUCGGCUCAGUGAAAGAUACGGUUGCAUUUCCUGUACAGACAGAUUCCACAGUGGCUGAAAUGCAUGGCGAGCUGAUAGAGUUCAAUGAGCGUCUGUACCGUUCUCUGAUGGCCAAGGACCACCUCAUCAACCAAAUGAAACAGGAACUCAUUGAUCUCAGAGGACCAGUUCCUGGUGACCUGAGCCAGACUUCUGACGACCCCAGCCUAUCAGAUUUUGAGACGGCUCACCGUGCUCUCAUCAAUGUCUGGAUUCCCUCUGUGUUUCUGCAAGGACGUGCUUCUAACGCCUACCAUGUGUACCAGGUGUACAUCCGUAUCCUAGACAACGAGUGGAAUGUCUACAGACGCUACACGGAAUUCCGGACGCUCCACAACCACUUACGCUCACAAUUCCCGCAAGUCGGCACCUUCAACUUCCCACCCAAGAAAGCCAUAGGGAACAAGGAUGCCAAGUUUGUAGAGGAGCGUAGGAAACAGCUCCAGUCGUACCUGAGGAUGGUGUUGAACAAGCUGAUCCAGACCCUGCCAGAGUUCUCUGCUAAACCCACCAAGGAGACCCUGCUGCAGCUGCUGCCCUUCUGCCAGGACACACCAGUGGCCAGCGAGGGGAGCAGUAAGACAGCCCGGUCCAAAGCCUCGUCACGCUUCCCCAGACUGGGUUGCAACCGCAACCAGGAGGGCCGCAACCCAGAGCCCCAGAGCGGCGACCUCUAACCUCUACCCUCUACACUCUGACCUUUUACCUUUUCUUUGAUUUGCUGAUACUGAGGGGUACUUCCUGCUCCUGGACUAACUCAGAGCCUGAGAGAGAGACGGACAGUGGAGGUUAUGGAGGGGAGAGGCAACAGCAGGGCCUUUUAUCCUCUAUUUCGGAGAACCCCAGAGGCUAACUAUGCCUGCUCUCCUGAACGGAGGAUUCACUCAAAGACCACACAUGGACUAACUGGGCCUCGGACAAGCAUUAAAACAAGAUGGGAGGACUGUUCCCUGAUUUUACUCAGUUUUGUAGUGAAACUGUAUCAUGGUCAUGGUACCUACAGUGUUUUCUAGCUUUUUUUGCAUUGAGGUGUGGGGACAGAGACAAGUGUUCUUCAAACAAAACUAACAGGUGUUUUCUUGGUCAAUGUCAGCAUUUCGGUGCCAUUUUUUUAUUUUGACAUCAUCCUUUUACCUAACAUUAACCAAGGCAAUGAGCAUUCAUCUUUUAUAUUUAUUUUGCCAAUCUGUUACUAUACGAUAAUGUGCACAAUUGCAUAUUCCCUCACACAAUUUAAGGACUUUUAAUACAAAUAUUACUGCUGGACUGAUUAUCCAGACGUCCCAAUGAUUGUGGACUGAAUGUGACUUAGCAGGAGACUUAACAGUAAAUAGAUCAUAGAUGAAUGUCUUACAGUUGGGUAACACUUGAAGAGAAGCCGCUUGAUCAAGUGCAUAAAAAGUCAUUUACAGAUGCAGUUUGUACACUGCUUUAACUUGUAUGAAAUAGAAAUCCUAAAUACAUACAUAUUACUCAAGUAUAGAUAUUACUUCGGGGGAAAAAAUAAGAGAUUGCAUGUGGUGGAAGUUGUUCUUGUGACCGCCCCCCUGUCAGCUGUCCAAUCAGAACUGUUAAAAUGAGAUUUAAACAGGAAGAUGCAGAUGAUAAUGCACUGGGGAAGACUGUAAAUCAGUAUGCACACAUCAAUAAUAGGAGCAAAUGAUGAAAUGAUUACCAAUCUUAUUUUGAAGCACAAAUAUAAAAUAUUAAUGAUAAACAACAAAUGUAUUUUUUGUUCAUUCACCCAGACAAACAGCACUGCUGUUACAUAUUGUUUGUUAAACUUGAAAUGGAGAAACAGGACCCUGGUUCUAUUCAUAACAAAGCACUUCAAUUGAUCUAGCUGUUCUUUCUACUCAGACAUUAAAUGAUGUUGUCGUUGCCACUUCUAUAGGACCGCUACUAAGGUUAAUUUCCUGUUUGUGUCUCAUGGCUAGGACCAGGAGUUUUUCCCCAGAUCAUGUGACCUGACCAGGAGAAACUCUGGACCCUAGUUGUAGGCUGUAACUAGAGCCUAGAGUGUUUCCUGGUCAUUUCACGACUAGAGCCCAAAGUGUUGCCCUAUCAGGUCACAUGGUCAGGAGAAAGAAAAACUCCUGGCCCUCCACAACGCUCCUGUCUUUGGAGGGCUUCUCUUGUACCUUCUGUCCUACCUUUUAGCCUAACAAUCUGCCUUAAAAGACAGUGGCACAGAGAGACUAAUGAAUAAAGGGGUUCAUACUGUACAUACA